AUGCACAUGUUGGUUUGGAAUUUUAUAAUAGUGGAUCAGUGAUUUAGGUGAAAAUGAAAGCAAAAAAUAUCAGACUACUCAUAAUUAUGAAUGUGUAGCCUACUAUCUAUCUAUCUAUCUAUCUAUAGCGUUAAAGCAGAGUAAUUGUUCUGACAAUUUACCGUUAUGAAAAAGUUUUCCCAUUUACCUUUGGGAAAGAAAGUUUUCCCAUAGGGGUCUAAACACUUCAUUGCGUAACUAUCAGCUAAUUCCGCAAGGAAAUCAAAGCGCUUGAUAUUCCACAGUAGCGCGUGGAGGUCUGUCAGUUCUAGUGCAAGCUGUUCUGAUAGAGCUCGAGGGACGUUGAGAGGAGUUCAUUUGAUUGAACGCGCUCAUCCACUUCAGUUAUAAAGUUAUACUAGAGCGAGAAACGCGUGUGCAAGGAGUAUCUGAAUCCAGUCUGUGUGGCAUAUCACUUUAAACAGGGUUUGAGGACUGCGGUAAAGGUUGGAAUCAUACCAUGUUUAAGGUGGUGCUGAAGAAAGGGAGAGAGGCAGGAGGGAAUGCUGGCAAGAGGGAUGCAGGAAAUCAAUCUCUGAGUCCCGGUUUACAUCACAGAGUUCAGAAACAGGGGUUCAUGGUUCUUCAGAAUCAUGGCAGUGGGCCUCUCCCAGUGCAGCCGUACCCUGCAGAGGAGGUACUGAGGCCGAGUUUGACCAGAGGAGUGUCCGUUUCCCUCCCCUCCUCCCCUCUGCUCCCUCCCCGCCAGCCCUAUGUGUUGCCUGUGCAACCUGACAAAUCCCCAGGUUCAGUCAGGACACCUAAAUAUGUGGAGAAUCCUCAUGUUCUUGGAGAUCCCAUCUCUUUUGCUCUGAAGAACAGGAAGAAGAACAAUACUGAGCUUCUCUCGCCGGCGUCUGGCUCCUCCCCGGCUGUCCAGGAGCUCAUGACACGGUUGGGCUUCCUGCUGGGAGACACCAGACCCACCUCAUCACAAACAAAUAUGGAGGAGAAACAGUGUGUAGUGUCAAGUCAGGGAGUGAGUCCCUGCUCCACUUUGACUAACAGUACGGCGUCUCCCAGCGCUGACAGCCCCUGCUCCACCUUACCAGAGAGCUCCUCCAGCAGCAGGGCCCCUGUCAUCUGCACCAGCCCCUGCACCACCUCCGCCUCCACCAUCAUCAACACACCCAGCUCCACCCUGGAGAGCAAGGACAGCGGCAUCAUAGCAACAGUCACCAGUUCCAGUGAGAAUGAAGAGCGCUGUGGCUCUAGUCUGGAGUGGGGUAAAGAUGGAAGUGUUGGUUUAAGGGGCGAGAGUGGGCGUGGAUCUCAUCCACCCUGCACUUCCAUCACUCAGGAGGAGCCGGCGGUUUCUAGAGAAGCCCAGCCAAGGACAGGCACUACUGGAGGAGCGGGGUCCAUUGUAACAUCACCUGCGGAUGGACCAGUCACGUACCACAGCACUUCUUUGGUUAUGCCACGCCCAAAUUCAGUGGCAGCCACCAGCAGUACUAAACUGGAGGAACUGCGGUACCUGGAUGAACAGAGGAAUGCUCCCCAGCGCUCCUCAAUGCGUUUGCCCUGGCAUGGAGCUCAGACAGGGGGCCGCAUUCAAGAGACUAAAGCUCGUCUCAUGCCCUACAAACCAGUGGACAUCAUGCUCAAACCUCUGCUGUUUGAGGUGCCCAGUGUCUCUAUGGAUGCAGGGUUUGUGGGCCGUGAUUGGCUGUUCCAGCGGCUGGAAGAGGUGCUGACAGGUGGAGGAGAGGCCGGUGAGGGUAGAGGGGCUGUCAUCGUGGGCAACGUCGGUUUUGGGAAGACGGCGGUGAUCUCACGGCUGGUGGCUCUCAGCUGUCAUGGUGGACGUAUGAGACAGAUCGCUUCUAACAGUCCUGAUGCUACACCACAGAAUCGGGGGGCUGAUCCCCAUCAAGCCAAUCAGCUGAACCCCCCAUCACAGAGCCCCCUCCGCAGCAAUAGUUGCCCACCCACCCCUGACACACACCGACACAGAGAGGGGGCAGUCAAACGUUUGGCCAGCAAGGUUGCAGCGUAUCACUAUUGUCAGGCUGAUAAUACAUACACAUGCCUGGUCCCGGAGUUUGUGCACAGUGUGUCGGCUCUGCUAUGCCGAGCUCCUCGCCUUGGCACCUAUCGAGAACUCUUACUGAGGGAGACACACCUGCAGGGUCUGCUCAGCUUACGCUCCUGCGUCCAGGACCCUGCAGCCGCCUUCCGUAAGGGUGUCCUGGAGCCCCUCACAAUUCUACGCAAGGAGAGGAAGAUACCUGAAGAAGAUUACAUUAUCCUGGUGGAUGGUCUAAAUGAGGCAGAGUUCCAUAAACCAGACUAUGGAGACACCAUUGCCUCCUUCAUCGCCAAAAUCAUCUCCAAGUUUCCUUCUUGGCUUAAGCUGAUUGUGACUGUCAGGGCCAACCUGGUGGAAGUCACCAGUCUCCUCCCCUUUCCCAUCAUCUCCCUGGAUGAUUUCCAAGACAACAAGGACAUAACCUCUGACCUCAGCUCCUAUAUCCAGCACCGUAUAGAUCACAGCCCUGACAUCAUCAGCAACAUCGCCAUCAAUGGCAAAGCUGACCCAGCAAACAACUCUAAGCUCAGCGCCCACUUGGUCGGCCACAGUCAGGGCUCCUUUUUGUACCUAAAAUUAACGCUCGACCUGUUUGAGAAAGGCCACAUGGUCAUCAAAAGCUCCAGCUAUAAGGUGAUACCUGUGUCCCUGUCUGAGCUUUACCUGCUGCAGUGCAACAUGAAAUUCCCAUCAGCCUCUGCGUUUGAGCGCGUGCUGCCAUUGCUAAACGUGGCUCUAGCGUCUUUGCAUCCUUUGACGGACGAGCAGCUCUUUCGAGCACUGAACGCUGGCUCCGUGAGAGGAGAGCUAGAGUGGGAGGACCUCCAGCAGCGCAUGGAUGCUCUUUCCUGCUUUCUGAUUGGCCGCAGAGACAGGACACGCAUGUUCUGCCACCCCUCCUUUAGGGAGUGGCUAGUAUGGAGGGCGGACGGAGAAAGCACUGAUUUCUUGUGCGACCCUAGAAGUGGACACGCUCUGAUGGCUUUCAUGUUGUCACGUCAAGAAGGCAAACUCAACCGCCAGCAAACCAUGGAACUGGGCCACCACAUCCUUAAAGCACACAUAUUCAAGGGUCACAGUAAGAAAACAGGAGUUUCCUCCAGUGUUCUGCAGCCCUUGUGGAUCAGCUUCAGUACAGACAGCCUCUCUGCAGCUCUUUCCUCCCUUAGAAACCUCUACACACCCAAUGUCAAGGUGUCUCGGUUGCUGAUUCUGGGCGGGGCGAAUGUGUGUUACCAUACUGAAGUGCUGAACAGUGCUCCAGUCCUGUGUGUGCAGUCUCACUUGGGGCACCUGGAAAUGGCUGCUUUACUUCUGGAGUGUGGGGCACCAGUGGACGGACAGUCUGAGAACGGCAUGACCUCCCUGUGCUACGCCUCAGCCAAUGGACACCUGCCACUCGUCACCUUACUCUGCAGAAAAGGGGCAAAGGUGGAUCAUGCAGAUAAGAGUGGUCAAUGUGCACUGGUUCAUGCUGCUCUGCGAGGUCACACUGAGAUUGUGCAGUAUCUGCUGGAGCAGGAGUGGAGUUCAGACCUGAAGAACACAGCACUGCAGCAGGCACUCAUCGCUGCCUCCAGCAUGGGACACACACAGGUGGUGAAAAAGAUACUGGCACUGAAUAAUGAUGAAUUCUCAGUGCAGAUAGAUGGCCACGACACUUUGUGGGGAGAGACAGCUCUAACUGCUGCUGCUGGGCGGAGCAAACUAGAGGGGUGUGUCUUCUUGCUGGAUCAGGGAGCCAAUGUAACACAGCCUAAUCGCAGAGGUGUCACCCCUAUCUUUAAUGCAGUGAGACAUGGACACACGCAGAUAGCAGAGUUGUUUCUGCAUCGUGGCACAGAUGUAAAUUGUAGUGAUAAAAAUGGACGCUCUCUUCUGAUGGUGGCUGCAAGCGAGGGACACCUGGAGACUGUUGACUUCCUGCUCUCACAGGGAGCUUGUAUGACAGCAAUGGAUAAAGAAGGUUUGACUCCACUGGGGUGGGGGUGUUUGAAAGGCCAGAAGAAAGUGGUGGAGUUUCUGGUGGAGAGAGGAGCUCAGAUCGACCACACAGAUAAGCACGGACGAACCCCACUGGAUCUGGCUUCGUUUUAUGGAGACGCUGACAUAGUGCAUUACCUGGUGGAGUGCGGAGCGGCGGUCGAACACAUGGACUACAGCGGCAUGAGGCCUCUGGACCGGGCCAUCGGGAGCAGAAACACCUCAGUUGUGGUCACUCUGCUGAAGAAAGGGGCUAAACUGGGCUGCAGAACAUCUCCUUAUGAGCGAUCAGGUAACGCUGCCUGGGCCAUGGCCACCUCCAAACCUGACAUCCUCAUCAUACUUCUGCAGAGACUUAUGGAGGAAGGAAACCUGCUUUAUAAGAAAGGGAAGAUAAAGGAAGCAGCUCAGAGGUAUCAGUAUGCACUGAGGAAGUUUCCGAGGGAAGGUUUUGGGGAAGACCUGAAGGCAUUUAGAGAGCUCAGAGUUUCCCUGUAUCUCAACCUGUCCCGCUGCCGCCGCAAAACCAAUGAUUUUGGAAUGGCUGAGGAGUUUGCCACCAAGGCUCUUGAGCUCAAGCCCAAGACCUAUGAGGCAUUUUACGCCCGUGCCAGAGCCAAGAGGAGCAGCAGGCAGUUUGCAGCAGCAUUGUCUGAUCUCUAUGAAGCCGCCCGUCUGUGUCCCAGUAACAGAGAAAUCCGACGUCUUCUGGCACGUGUGGAGGAAGAGUGCCAACACCUGCAGCGCCAGGGUUCCAAACACCCUCCUCCUCAUGGAAAUCCCUCACCCCAUGGGGAAGACAAUGAUGAUGAUGAUGAUGAUGAGGAGGAGGAGGAAGAAGACGACGAUGAACAGGACAUUGAGGGUUUGAAGAAAAGCUCAGACAGCCUCAGCAUUACCAUGCUGCAGGUAGAUGAGGAGGAGGACAGGCGUAACCAAGAAACCUCUCAGCAAGAGAAGAGGAAAGACAGCUGGCAGCAGAGCCGCACCUUGCCUGAUUCUCUAGGCCUGGCUGUAUCAGAUGCCCAGUCAGCCAUCUCUAUGGCUGCUCCAGGACGGGCCGCCCACAGACGCCUCCCGUCCAGACAGGCUCAAAGCAUGAAAAAUCGAGAGUACAGCAGCUCACUACAUGCCGAAGGCAGGGCAGCCCAGAGCGCCGGUUCCAGCCUCAUGCCAAGCAGCCACCGGCCCACCUCGCUUCGAGCAGGGCCCUGCAUUGACAUCAGUCACAUGGGCUUGGAGCACAGCGUUGAGAGGGGCCCACUGUGCGGUAUCAGAGAGAGUCAUACAGAGAAGUCAUCUCUGCCUACAGAGGGCAGCGUUGAGCCAAGGGAGUUUUGCAGGAGCAGCAGUGUGCGAGUUUCCAACUCCUCCAGUGGAAACCUGAGCGAUAAAAUCCGCUUGCGCCACUCUGUGGCCUGUGCUCCUGACAACACCACAAGGCAACCUGAUCAUAAGCCACGCCCCUUUAUGGGCAUCAUUGACAAGACUGCACGUUUCCAGCAACAGCAGCAACAUGAAGGCCACCAUAGCAACCAGAAUCACCAUGGCAAUCUGGUGUCCGGUUAUGGCUGGCAGGGACUCUUGCCUGAAGGGCUUGUAGGUCACAAUGUUGUUGUCAUGAACACACACUCACAGGGACUAACUGGUGAACUCUCGUACCCUAAAACAAGCACUUAUCAGGAGCCCAUCCAUAACAGCACACACACAACUGAGUUUCGCCCAGAGAAGUUUCAUCCUUCUGGGCCUGGAUACAAGGACAGUAACCCCCUCCAGCAUCACUACAACGAGACAAAGCACAAGCAGGCCAGCCUGGCCCGGGACAACCCCAUCCUGAUCAGCUCCAUCAAACCCAAACGCUCCUUCAUUGAGUCCAAUGUUUAGCUACAAACUCACUUAUUUUAAAGCACAAAAUUAGUUACAGACUUAUUAUAUACAUACAGGGAAUCCGUUUUCAUCAUUAACAAACCCACUGUCAUUUGAGUCAGUAAUAAUUAAAGACAAAACUAGAAUAUUUGAAGCACUUUAAGUGCGUGCUCCAAAUAAGUGCGCAUACACAACUGUAAGGAACAGAUUGUCUUUUAUUUCUGUUUACAAUUACAGCUUCAGAGGUACUGAACAACAUUUUUAAAAAUGUAACGUUGCAUCUGCACAUAAAAAUAGAGCAGAGUUACGAUUCAGAUUAUUUAUUAUUGUAUGUAUUGAGAUAGAUGACCUGACUUAAGAAAUUUGUAAGGACGUAGGAUAUCUACAAAGAUGACCACAGGUCCUAUGUGUAUUCAAACACAUCCCCCGUUUGUGUCAGUUUGAAUGGUGAUAUGUGUGAUACAGUGAGUGUGUGUGUGUUUCUGGGGAGAAGCGUGUUUUUCUUCAUGAAUUUCUCCUUACCUGCUCAUCAUUUGAACUAAUUUAUUUAUGGCUUGAUUGUCUAAUUAAAACAAUAUUAUAUUUUAUAUAUUAGUUAUUUUUGCACAGCUAUAUAUUAUGAAAUACCACUAUGAUUGUGAGAUUGAGAUGAACUGCAUAAAGGAGACUCCAGGUUUACAUGCAUGUUACGGUGAACUAUAUUCAGGUUUCUAAGAGGACAUAGAUGUUAUUUCAUAUGUACAUUAUUUGCCAUUUUAUUUUCAUGUAUAGGCCUAUGUAUUGUAUUGAAAUAUUUCAGCAUCAUAUACAACAAUAAAACCCCAGUUUAAGACUUAAAA